ACGUUUCACUCGACAUCUGUAAGUUUGAUUCUCAAACAUAAUUGUUUGGUGCCCAUAUUAACCCAGAAAAAACUGACUAUUACGUAUAUAGUACAUCCACAGAAACAAAGCCAUGGAACAUCGUUACGGCUUAAGCAAUUCGCCUCGUUUGUCAAAACCCAUGGCUGAUUCCACAUGGAUUGGUGGCAUGUCUGCGACGCAGCGAUCAAUGACACAGCAAAUGCAAAGGAGCUCUAUAUCGAGGGAGCACAACAACUCGAGCCUUUGUCUAAGCAAUAGCUUUACAAAUGAUUCACCGCAAAAUAGGAGUCUACAUACAACAUCGAGAACAUCGAGUGUAUCUAAAACGGCACGACAACGGCUAAAUCUCAGUCAUAUGGAUCCCAAAACGUUUGCGGACGUAAACAGCAGCGGAUUAGCGUCGCGUAUUGUGGAAUACCAGCGGGACCGUAGCACUGGUGGCCGUGGUCUGCAACGCAGCAUCUCCUAUAAUAAUAUUUAUAAUCCACUUACGCAGCCACGCCGUUGUAGUAUAGUUUCAUCGCCUCUAUCCCAUAAGCCCAACCUGCCAUCAGUGUCUAUAACACGUAUAGCGCCGCCUGAGCGAAGCUUCUACUGUGGCAACACAUUGCCCAGCUUGCUGCGCUCGAAUUCGCUGGUUGGCGUGGAGAAAAAAAGUGACCAGCAGUUGUCGAGAGAGAAUCGUCCAAUUAUGCAUCCACCUCCGCUGCAGCACGAAAGCGAACCCACGCGCAGUGUCCUUGAGGAGCUGAAGGAGAUAUCACGCAAGCGCAUCAAUAGCGGUGAAAUACAACCUAACGAUUACACUAGUAAAAAGAGCUGUAAUCGCUUAACUGACUAUGUGGAUCAUCAUUUACACCAGCAGCACCAACCGCAGCAGCAUCAGUUAUCCAUGCUGCAAUCUCAGUCGGGUUUCAAGCGACAGCGUGAAUUGACUGUUACAGUACCACGCCGUUUGCAACAUACGGCCAUAGCGCUGCCUCACCAGCAUCAACAUCACACUUUACAUAUGUCUCCACAUCAUUUUCCUGAGAGGAUUUCCCCACAGCAGUCACCGGAGCAGCAGGCCAAGCGCCGUAAUUGCAGCUACAGCAAUGACAUCGCAAGCUCAUUAAGCUCCAGUCAGCUGCAUAGCAAUAAGCGGAAGCUAUAUGACAUGCGUUCAGCUAGCAAUACGUCCGCACUCAACGACAAUGCCAGCAACGGCAGCAACAACAGUAGCUCACCUGAAACUUCGCCGCGCCCACAGGUGGCAAAGAUACAGCGAAGUCAGGCGGCUACAACGGAUCUACAUUUAGAGAAUUUGACUAGGACGCAGAGCACGCCGAUCACUCCACUGCCAGCUACUCCAGCCCAGCGCGCGGCGUCCGCUCCCUUGGUAGAGGCCAAGUACGACCACAAACCCAAAUUGACAUUGUUCAAUGCACAACAACGACAACCGCAACAGAAGCAGCAGCAGCAAGAACCACCAGAGCCCCAACAACAACAACAACACACUCAAGAGCAGGUUGACUUGGAUAGUCCCGAUGUGGAUGCCAACGAAUAUGCGGGCAUACAGUUUGUGAGGCCCAAACAGGAUCAAUCACUUGUCACCAGCAAAAACUCCCAUUUGGAGCGUACACAGAAAACGAAGCUGGCUUUGAUGUUGAGUAGUCUGCGGGGUGAAAUCUUUCAAGAUGAAACGUCAGCUGAUGAAGCAGAUACUUCCACAACCCCAUCUUCUGUCGCACCGACAACAAAAAAUACAAAUCUAGCAACAAACACAAAUGUAACAACGAACACUGCAUCGACGAAACCGACUAUACCAGCCACUGCUACCGUAUCAACCGCCCCCGCUCAAGGUGUAUCUACAAUAACUGAAACAGAAGCACGGACGACAACAACGGCGGCAACAACAAUGUCUGCACCAACACCAGCGCCAACUACCGCCAACAAUAGCACAUUGUCUGUGUUACCAGGAAAAUCGAACGAAAAUGCAACAAUUGGAACAGGUGCUGUGCUAGGAUUUACAUUGCCAACAGCAACAGAGAAGCCAGCAACUACAACAACAGCAGAAUCUACACCUGUGUUAACGUUUAUGAAUUCGAAGACGACAGCUACAACCACAGCCGGAUCGACUGGGUUGCCUGCAUUUACCUUUGGCAAGCCGGCAGCGGCAACAGAUGUAAAACAGACUCCAGCACCAACAGAAACACUAGCAACACCAGCAACAACGGAUCCAGCGAAAACACCAUUUACAUUUGGCACUGGCGCAAAUAAUGCACAAGCAACAGGAGCAGGAUUAGGCGCACAAGCAGCAGCAUCAACCGCAGUACAGGCAGCGCCAUCAGCACCCCUUACGUUUAACUUUGGGAAGCCUGCAUCAGGUGCGGCAACAAGUAGUACGUUAAUUGCAACAUCAGCAACUGCGCCAACAACAACAGCAGCAAGCACUUCCGUGUUCAGUUUUGGCACAGCUCCAGCUACAACUACAGCAGCAACCAGCAACAAUCCUCUCAUAUUUGGCAGCAGCAACAGUAACAGUGAAACAGGAGCAACAAUUGUUACUACAGCUGCGCCAGCAGCAUCUCAGCCCAAGGAAUCGACGCCUUUUGGCAGCAGCAGCAGCAAUAGCAACAGCUUUGCCAUCGGCUUUAAAUCUCCUGCAACACCAGCAGCUGCAGUAACAGCCGCACCAGCCGCGCCAGCAAUAUUUAGUUUCGGCAAAACUCCAGCCGCUCCUGUCGUAUUCGGUAGCUCAACAGCAACAACAACAACAGCAGCAACAGCACAGCCUGCAUUUAACUUUGGUGGCACAGCAACUGCUACUGAUUCUGCUUCUGCCGCUAGUGCAACUACUUCAACUACCAAUGCAGUUUCAGCCGCAACACCAGCAGCAAACAACUCGAAUAUAUUUGCUUUUGGCGGUGACAGCAAGCCCACGGUUAAAGCCACGCCUUUUACGCUGCCUAACAAAAGCGACAGCAACAAUAUAUUUAGCUUUGGCGCUGGCGGCGAUGGAGCAAAAAUGGCAGCAACACCAGCCACGGCAGCACCAGCUGCAGUGCCCAGCGCCUUUAAUUUUGGUGGAUCAGCUUCUGCUGUAUCAGUGGGCGGUGCACCAGCUACAAAUGCAUUCAGUUUCAGUGCACCAAAUAAGUCAACGCCCUUAUUCGGAGCCAGCAAUGCAACAGAAAGCAAACCAUUUACAUUUGGUGUCACUGAGAGCACGCAACAGCAGCAGCAACAGCAGCAGCAACAGCAGCAGCAGCAACAGCAGCAGCAGCAACAACAGCAGCAGCAACAACAGCAACAGCAGCAGCAGACAGCACCAGCAGUGGGCGGCUUUUCAUUUUCAGCUGUGGCUCCAAAAAGCGAAUCUACAAAUUUGUUUAAAUCACCAUUAGCCGUCGGAGCCGGUGGAGUGAAGCCAAGCUUUAAUUUUGGAGGCAACACAACAUUAGGAACAGCAGCAGCAACUCCAGCGGGCGCAGCCACGACAGGCAACGGCUUUGGUGGUUUUCCGGCAGCGGCACCGGCACCGGCAGCAGCACCGGCGCCUUCUGCUGCCAACAAUCAGAAACUGUUUACGUUUGGGAGCAGUGCCACUCCCAGCAAUGGAGCAAAUCAAGGCGGAAACUUGUUCGCCAGCGCAGUGUCCGCUGUACAGAACCAGCAGCAGACUAAGCCUGGUGGCUUCUCCUUUGGCGCUAGCAACACGGCUAACAGCAGCAGCGCAACCAAUGGAAAUGCCAAUGCGCCGUUUGCUUUUGGUGGUAUCACAUCACCGCAGGCCAGCGGGGUCAAUGCGGCCAAUAAACCGUUUACAUUUGGCAACCCAGCGCCGUCUAUGAAUGGCUCAGCGCCUUUUACCUUUGGUAGCGGCGCUAAUGCUCCUUCCACGCCGACAUCAGCUCCGGGCAUGCCUGGCCAGCAGAUGAAUCGCUUUGCACCGCCCACCACUCCGGAAAACCGACCCAUACGACGCGCCACGAGACGGCUGCAAAAGUAGAAAUCAACUCGACCGUUAAGAUAUAUCCUGAUUAAAUUUAGGCCUUCAGUAAUGCAAUUGAUCCAUGCAUGAAGUUAAGUUAUAAUCUGCAACGAUAGUUAGUCUUUAUUAAGUUAUUUGGCAAAUGAGAAAAUAAAAAAUAAAUAAAAAUCACAAAAGAAUAAAUGUGUAAAUACGCAA